CCGGGCCGGAGCGGCCGGGCCGGGCAGCAUGUCCUCCAUCCUGCCGUUCACUCCUCCCAUCGUCAAGCGGCUGCUGGGCUGGAAGAAAGGAGAGCAGAACGGGCAGGAGGAGAAAUGGUGCGAGAAGGCGGUGAAGAGCCUGGUGAAGAAGCUGAAGAAGACGGGGCAGCUGGACGAGCUGGAGAAGGCGAUCACCACGCAGAACAUCAACACCAAGUGCAUCACCAUCCCCAGAUCAUUAGAUGGCCGGCUGCAAGUCUCUCACCGAAAAGGUCUUCCCCAUGUGAUCUACUGCCGCCUGUGGCGGUGGCCAGACCUUCAUAGCCACCAUGAGCUGCGUGCCAUGGAGAUGUGCGAGUAUGCCUUUAACAUGAAGAAGGAUGAAGUCUGUGUGAACCCCUAUCAUUACCAAAGAGUGGAAACCCCAGUGUUACCUCCGGUGCUGGUACCUCGGCACACAGAGAUUCCAGCUGAGUUCCCGCCGUUAGAUGAUUAUAGUCAUUCUAUUCCAGAGAACACUAACUUCCCAGCAGGUAUCGAGCCACAAGGCAACUACAUUCCAGAGACACCCCCUCCAGGCUAUUUGAGUGAGGAUGGAGAAACCAGUGACCACCAGAUGAACCCCAGCAUGGAUGCCGGUUCUCCAAACUUAUCACCAAAUCCUAUGUCUCCAGCACAUAAUAAUCUCGAUUUGCAGCCUGUUACCUACUGCGAGCCAGCUUUCUGGUGCUCGAUAUCCUACUAUGAACUCAACCAGCGAGUGGGAGAGACGUUCCAUGCUUCGCAGCCCUCGAUGACCGUGGAUGGUUUCACCGACCCAUCGAAUUCUGAGCGCUUCUGCCUUGGUUUGCUGUCUAACGUGAACAGAAAUGCAGCAGUGGAACUCACAAGACGACACAUUGGAAGAGGAGUGAGACUCUACUACAUUGGCGGGGAGGUGUUUGCUGAGUGCCUUAGUGACAGUGCCAUUUUUGUCCAAUCUCCCAACUGCAACCAACGCUACGGCUGGCACCCUGCAACAGUUUGCAAGAUUCCACCAGGUUGUAACUUGAAGAUUUUUAACAACCAGGAAUUUGCCGCUCUCUUGGCUCAGUCUGUAAAUCAGGGUUUCGAAGCUGUGUAUCAGCUCACCAGGAUGUGCACAAUUCGAAUGAGCUUUGUCAAGGGAUGGGGAGCAGAAUACAGGCGGCAGACUGUGACCAGUACUCCCUGCUGGAUUGAACUGCAUCUUAACGGUCCUUUGCAAUGGCUAGACAAGGUCCUUACACAAAUGGGCUCCCCCAGCAUUCGUUGCUCCAGUGUCUCCUAAGGAAAUAUCUCCUGGGGGUGGUGGUGGGAGACAGAGACUCUGGAAAAUGGAAUUGGUUUAAGCCUUAGCAAAAUGCAUAAUAAACAAAAUCCCAGUUAUUGAAGUGAUGAGAAAAAAAAUCUGCUAAAAAGCUGGGGUUUCUUUGUUUUGUUUUUUGUUUUUAAAGUAAAUGCCCAUGUAAGCCACUUCACUGAACCUGUUAGCACUUUGGUUACAACGCCAUGGGCCAUUGCAGUUAGACUUUGAAGCUGAUCAUGGUGAAAAACAGGACUUUGUUUCAGCAGAGGGAAGCCGGUGCUCUGCCCCCCGGCGCGUGGUGCCUGUCCAGGCUUUCGCUCCGUGCUGCCGCGAGCACGCAGGAGCCGCUGGCACCGGCUGGUCCCGGGGUGGGGGGGCUCCCGUUUGCCUUGGUGAGCUCCAGUCACCCGUCACGCAGCGUCUCUGAAAAGCCAGAUACCCUGGGACGUCGGGGCGACUCGUGUGUGUGCGAUACUGUCUCCACCUGAUGCACACCUCUGUGCUCCCCGGGAUUGCGGCAGUUUGCAGGGGAGAAAGGACGCGUUUAAAGCACACGGGGCCCCUGUAAUGUUCCCAGAAGGAGUGAAUUUCCCACGCUGGACAACUAGCAAGGUGGCAGAGUUUGCUCCGUGCCUGAGAGAUGCAGCUGGACAGUUAUCUCGGUCUGGAUUUACAUGAAGCAAAAGGCCGAAGUUAAGGCUCCUUCUGACACUGCUGCAGCGCCUUUGACUAGCGCUGCUCCCAGUGAUGUGGGAGCUCUUGCUAGAUGAGUUAAGCCUCUGUUAUUGUGCAGUCUAUUUGCAUUAACUACAGAAAGUUUGUAUUUCCUCAAUAUGUCGAAUGGUAUUUGCCACUUCUUAUGUCUUAGAGGCUUACUGAAUUCAGUGUCCAGGUCUGCUCUGGUGACCGAAGUGACCAGGCCCUUGCUGCCGUUUUCAGGGAACGCGACCGGGUAGAUUAUCCCGCGCUGUCCCGUGUGACUGCUCGUGAACCAGGACAUCUCAGACACCAAACCUCUGUUAGAAAACUUACUUCGGCUGAUUAAAAUGCUCUGAGAUGUGUUUUUGCCUGGAGAAAUUGGGAGAGUGUAUUUACAUAUAUUAUAAAAUGUUCAUUUUAAAUAUUUGUUUGCUCCAGACUGUUUUAAUAUUUUCCCUGCAGCAACUGUCAUGACAAACAACUUCCACAACUGGAAAAACCCCUAGCACUUGUUUUUAUGGUUCAGAUUUGCCAAAUAUGUCUCAUAACUUUGUCAGUGCUAUGCAGUUAUCUGUUUCUUUAUAUCUAUGUUAAAUAUCAUGUGCAUUUGUGCCAAAAUAUUAGAAGGGGAAGGGGAGAAAACGAUAAUCAGAAUUUCCUAUGGAAAUCUUUUUUUUUUUUUUUUUUUAAUGUAUAUAUAAAAGUCAAACACAAAAGCUAGGUCUGGCUCUGGGAAGGACAGACUGUGAUGGAUUUUGCAAUGGUUUGUGUUAAGGCUCGAGUCCUGCAACCCUUCACGCUCCUAGAUGCAAACGCAAGCGGCCGCGCUGAGCUCAGUGGAGGUUUUCCUGCGUGCCAGGUUCAGAGGUUUGCAGAUUCAGAGCCCCGCUCCCGUAGCAGGGUACUGACUUGCAGUAUCAUUUCAAACGCUUAUCAGGAAUUUCCACGUACCUGCCUGCCUGCAUAGCGAGGCUUUUCCGAUGUGCUUGUUCCUUUGGCAGCAGGCCAUUUCUCAGCCCAGCUCCUUGGUUUGCAAAAACAACGCUUAUGGACCUGAGACAUCGGCAAGAGAGGGAGCCCGUGCUCGGGGGCACAGGACGGUGCUCCGCCGUUCACCCUGCUGCAUCAGUGCCGCUGGAAGAGGUUGGAGAGCGGCUCUGCCGCUGGUUUUGCCCUCCAGAGCCAGUGCAGAAGGCUCGUGGCCAGCGUGUCUCACCAAGCAAAUACAAGAACGCUUUAGAGGAGAGAUUUCUUCCAGAAGUGAGAGCUGACGUUUUAUAAAUGAAGUUUAAAUUCUGAGGAAGACUUCGGCGAUUGCGCUUCUGAACGAUACGGGCACUUCCGAAUAUCCUCCUGCAGGAUUUUGACUGGAACUUUCUUUCACUGUGCAUCAAGGCUUCUAUCAUAGCACUGGAGAUUUUCUAGGAUUUUCUUAGUUUUUGCAAUGUGUCUGAUUUUAGUUAGAUCUCUUGAUUGCAUGGACUUGUGCAAGAAGAGCAUCUGUAUAAAAUAGUAUUUUCUUAUUUUCUAGCCACUUAACAAGUAGCUCUGACUGUCACUGUGGACUGAUUUGGCGUAUACUUUCCGCUGUAGGGUUCAAACACAGUUGCAACCAAAAAUCAAUUCUGACUUUUGUGAAGAUAUUUGACUUUUUUAGUGAGAGAGAAAAAACUGCUGUGUGAAAAUGACCCCAGGUUUCCUCCCUGAGUGUCUUUAAGUCGUAUUUGCUUAUUUUACUAGACUGUUUUCAUUAUCUACAUAAUCUUGGAGGAAGUUGGACUCUGUGGUGCCCUGUGCAUUAGCAACAAAAAUGACAUCUUCAAUUCCCGUGUCAGAGCAUUUGUCACCCGUGAUGGUGCGAGCAGGAGCCCUGCCUGACCGGGAGGUUACAAGCUGGGAUAAGCCCUAACUUUAGUACAAAGUUUGCCCCCAGAAUUGGCAACCCCUCCCCAGUUGGAUCUGGACUUCUCUUUGACCCAGGCUUUCCUGCCCCAGUAGAUAAAGGAUGGUAAGGUGCUAACCUGCGUUAAUACAUGCCUUUUGAAAACAGGAUGCAGAUGAGGCAUGUAAACUUUGGUUAAUCUCACCUCAUCAUCCCUUAAGUAAAAUGACUUCACAUGAAAAAUAUAAGCCUGUCUAGCAGUAGUUAGAUAAAAUAGAGGAGAUUAUCCCCACUAAAGUAUUAAUUUCCUCUCCUCCCCCCUAUUUGCCUUUCCACUAAUUCAUAAAAGUUUUACGGUUUCUAAAGUUACCUUAUAAAGUCAAAUGGAAAGUCCUGUAUCGUGCAGCAAAUGAAAAGAUAAAGACGAGGGAAGGGUCUGAUCCAAGGGACGUUCCAGUUGAGUCUCCUUCUGCGUUGCGCAGCCGGAGCGGACUGUGCGGAGGAGAGCCGGCUCCCCGUCAGCGCGCUCCGUCGUGCUCUGCGUGGACACGAGCGAAAAGGAAGCGGAGCCGUUUGGCUGUAGGCUGUUGUAGGCAGCAGUGCCCCAAAAGUGCACGUGGCUUCUUGUUGGUUUUGCUUUUUUGUCCUAAAAUUUUAUUAAAGUAGCUUUGAUAUGUAGCACAAAUGUAUGCAAUCAAGCAUGCCCUAGCUUAGAUUACAUAUCUGUACUGGAAUAUCUUCUCAUUUAGUGGUAGUCUUAGCUAGUUUUAUCAGGAUUUCAUACAUUUUUGUUACAAGAGUCACUAGCAGGAACUUUGACUCUUUUUAACUGUUGUAGCCAUACACAAGGGCCUGGCUGCUGGCAGAUGAUAUUGAUGGCCUUGUGGUUUUAAAUGACUGUGGUGAUUUUUUUAUUAUUAUUAUUAUUAAUGUAUUGAACGGAAUUGCAGUGUGUAUUUUGUGUUAAGCUUAUCUUAGAAGUAAUCCAGUGCUAUCCACUCUGAUUUAAUUGCCAGGAAUCAGCAUGCGUAUGUUCAAAGAUGGAGAAACCUGAUCAUAUCAAAUUUCCUCAAAGCUCUGGCUGCUCAUCUUUGCCAUGGAAAGGUGAGGGAGGAGUAACCUUUGAGAAAGAGCUAAGCAAAUUAGUUUCUUCUUCCCUUAAGGACUAACAUACUGGGAAGAAUGCAGAGGACUGCUUUACAGGGUGAAGAAUAUUCAGAUCUCCCUCUCAAGCAGCAACUAUUGGCCUCCGUACCUUGUGCUACUUACUACAUGGAAAAAGCACAAGGGAGGAACAAGAGGACCGCAGCUCAGUGAAGGACUUCAGCUAUAUCACAAAACAUCUGUGAGCUCUCCUAGUUCUCUAAGGUACUGGGUAGGUGGGAGGAACGGAGUAUCACAAAUAAGCUGGUAAGCUAGAAUGAGAAAUAAUUAGUCACUAUAUAGUAGUUGAUUGAGCAGUAUGCUUAAGAAAUUCCAUAUAUGUUUUUUUAUUAUGUACAUGCUUUUGUAUUUAUGUUGUCUUUCUGAAUACUCAGAUGAAUCAAAUAUUUAAUUUUUAACAGGAAGGGCAAUUAAGGAUUCAGAGUCUUAAGUCUUUCAUAUGUUCCUUUCUGGUGAUUGCUAGAAAUUAGGAAGUUACUGAUGUGAGAACAAGAGACUCACCUCAGAACUGAGCAACAAACUCUAGCAAAUGAAACAAAAUAAGGACUUCUGCAGCAGUCUUUGCCUGAGUUGCUCUUUUAUGUUUUAGCAACAAGUCAGGUUCCCAGAUGGACCCUUGAAUUGUGCUCUUCAGGUUUUUUCAGAUUUAUGAACAACCGAUUGAGGCUUUAAGAAGACGACAGUACUCAAUAAAAGUUUUGGUUCAUCUUCGGUUUCCUCCAGUAUGUGGAUGCUAGAGGAGUCUGCACCAGUUUUUGCUGCCUAGAUGCAUCUAGUUCACUGUCCCAGUGGAGGCAGCCUCCUUCCUUCGCUCUCGAUUGAACUGUUCCCCCUUUGAUAGAUAUAUAUGCGCAUGUUCACAUUAGUGCUUAGAUUUUCUUAACCUGAGAUUGUAUGUUAAUGACUGGUGAUGUCACCUACAUGCUUUAGCUUGUUAAGCAUUAUUCAUCUAUUUUGUUACUAAAGGCCUGUACUAUGUAUGCCCUCUUAUAUAUGUGAAACUGUAAGUUCUAUUUUUGACAUUUUAAUAAACUUUGAUUUGAAAA